GCAGGUGGCAACGUCAAACGAAAUUGUGGGUUCCUUCAUACAAGCCAUAUCCAUCGUGCAAUGAGCAGCUAUGCUCGCCUUUCCCUCCUCUACUCCGGCAGAAAGGCCAUAUACAAACCUUGUAAACUCUACCCAGUUUGCAAGGAACAACUUUCGACCAACGAAGCGAGAAUGGAGAAGAACAAUGUCUCCUCAGGAGACACCCUCCGCAUUGCAGAGGAAUUUAAAGCAUCACUGGGGAUAUAACGAUUUUAGACAUCCUCAGCUGGAAAUCUGCACAGACGCUUUGAGAGGAUGCGACUUGAUUGUCGUAGCGCCCACAGGUCUAGGUAAAUCAUUGUGUUUUCAGUUACCAGCAAUUACUAUCGAGCACGGCGUUACCAUCGUCGUAUCGCCUUUGAAAGCACUCAUGAGCGACCAAGUCAAAGACCUCACCAGUCGAGGCAUCAAAGCAGUACAACUGAAUGAAUACACAACAUUAGCUGAACAUAACGAAGUGCGGCGGCAAAUGAGAAUGGGCCAUCCGGAAAUUCGGCUGUUGUACGUCACACCCGAGAUGCUGUUGAGCGAUAAGCACAGAUCGACUUUUGAUACAGCUUAUGCGCAAAAACAGGUUGCAAGGCUUGUUGUGGAUGAGGCACACGUCAUCACAGAAUGGGGCACGAGUUUCCGAGGCAAAUAUCGUGAGCUUGGGAAAUUCCGCGAGCGGUAUUAUGACAUCCCGAUCACUGCUCUCACUGCAUCGGCAACGAAAGAAGUCCGCCACGAUAUCAUUCAGACUCUCCGAAUUCGCAAAGGUUACGGUCAAUGGGUUAUGCCGUUCAAUCGUCGGAAUCUGUUCUACGAGAUCCGAUAUCAAGGGCGAGGUAGUAUUGAGAAAGAAGAAAUGGAAGUACAGAAGAAUCCUCUGGAUGAUAUCGUCGAUUUCAUCGAGAAGUAUCGACCAGAAGCCGCGAAAAGAAAUCGGGAGAACGGUAUCUUCAGAAUCUGCGUUACUGGCAUCGUGUACUGUCGCACAACAGCUGCUUGCGAAGAAGUAGCAGGAUUUCUAAGUAAUCGUCGAAUAAAGGCUAUGCCCUAUUACAAAAACCUUUCACAGACAGUCAAGGACCAAGCGCUUGCCGGAUGGAAGGACGGCUCCAUAGAAUGUAUCGUCGCCACAAUCGCGUUUGGAAUGGGUAUCGACCAAGCGAAUGUAAGAUACGUUAUACAUUAUCAAAUGCCCAAAACUUUUGAAGGCUAUUAUCAAGAAACGGGGAGAGCGGGGCGGGAUGGCCACAUCUCCCAUUGUAUCUUGUACUACUCUCGGGAAGAUGCCAAGUACCUGAGAUGGUUAUUAGAGCAAGAAGAUGCCAAGCAGAAACGGAUUGCUCGCUUCAAGUCUGGAGACGCCUGUGCCGAAACAUCUUCCCAGACUCUCAAUAGUUUCAAAGCUUUGCAACAUUAUAUGGAAAGCUUGGGGAGAUGCCGGCAUGUUGGCAUCUGCAGCUACUUUGGAGAGAAGAUUGAUGACAAGGAUCCCGAAAUUAAAGCUGCAUAUUGUCAAUCCAUGUGCGACAUUUGUAAAGACAACGCAAAGGUUCGAAAGGCAGCAAUGCACCUCACAGAUGCCAUUCCAGUCGCAUCUGCCAUUGCUGGAAGGGAGCCGACGCCUAUCCCUGACCAAGAUCCCAAACCCGAGCCCCUUUUUGAUCCUCGAGAGGGCGACGAUACGGAUACAGAUGAACAUCAUGAUGAAUUUCUAGACCUCCACGGUCCUGAUCCCGAUAUAUUUGAGGAAGGCCUAGCAGGCACUGCCCCUCCCAUCUUUCAAAUCGCCGAUCCCAGAUCCAGCGGAUCUCACGCUGGAAACCACCAAAACACACCUCUCGUCUCGUCCACCAAUAGUCAUGUGCAAUCAUCCAAUACCAUUCCUUCCAGUAUGUCUUCCAAACCGCCCAGUGUGCCCUUGUCACGCACGCCAGUACUUGUGCGUGACUUGUCUUCGGAACGUGUUGCACAGCCGAUACGAGUCAGGGAGAUUAUACAUAUCGAAACUGGCGGGGAACCUGAGCCGCAAUCGCUGGCAAAUAAGCGUCGCCGAGCGGGUCAGGGAUCAAUGUUAUCGAGCUCGCCCACUUCCAGUAUGGAAUUUGAAGAGAUUGAAAAAGAACGAGAAAGAGAGAUGGAGAAGGUCAGGCUGAGGAAAGAGAAAGAGCGGCAGGAGGCUAUGGCUAGAGAAAGAGAAAGGCCGAUCUUUUCUUCCAACGCACGGCUACCCGAUAAUGUGAAAUUUGUCCAAGACUCAGAAGAAGGCACUGCUUCGGAACUGAAGUUGACGAGAGAGCAAAGAAUCAAGGCGGAAAGAAUGCUGAACAGCGUCAAGCCGGUCAGAGGAGAAGGACCAUACGCUUGUUAUAAUGCGGCACCGCCUGCGGCGAGAUUCAGAAAGGCGUCUUCAGCAUCCGACAAGGCUUUCAAACCUCCGAUAUUGAAAUCCCCUACUAAAGUUCGAUGUGACCUUCUUACUAAAUCGGCACGAGAUAAUGCGGUUUUGGAAAUAUCCAAUUCCCUCAAGGAUUCGUUAGGCCACGGUGAUUUGGCAAGAACGGUAUUGAAUUCCUGGGGAAGAUUGGAGAGAGGAAGCAAGCGGGUCACAGUUUUACAAGAUGUUGCAAGAGCGAUAGAACGAGACUUUGCUGCAAUAUCACGAGAAGACCCAUUAGGCUUCGAGCGUCGAAUAACAGAAUUUAGGAAGGCAGCUAAAGCUCUCCGUAGCUCUGAGGUCGUUGAUGCAAUAGCUCAGGGCGAUAUUGACUUGUUUGAUGAUGGGAGUCCGGAAGUGGGUCAUCUGAAAAGUUUGGAGAAGUAUAUGAGAACAUGGAAGCCGGAGCCAUCCGAAUAGAUUCGUGUGAGAAAGUCGGUUGUAUUUGCAUAAUUCCAUAAGUUAUAUAACCUGUAUUGGCUAGUGAACAACAAACAUUUAGAUACAUCAUUGUAGUAGUCAUUUUCUUCCUCUAAAAAGGGGAUAAUUGUUUAUUCAUCAAGAUCAUCUCCGUACCUUACAACUCGAUUGUUGUUAUUCGUUUGAGAUUUAUGAAAUUUGAUUGAGGACCCAAGGCAUGGGAUAAUCGGGAAAUGACU